AUGUCUGAAAUCAUUAAGGGGUACUCCGAGUUCAAGCACUUUCUUGUUACAUCUCCCUCUGAAUUUGUGGCUCAUGUCGAGAUCAAUCGAGCUCCUAAGCUAAAUGCGUUCACGGAGGAAAUGUGGAUUGAGCUAGGAAAGAUAUUCGCAAAAUUAUCCUACGAUCCAGACGUUCGCGCCGUCGUCUUCUCUGGCGCCGGCGACCGAGCUUUCACAGCUGGUCUAGAUGUGCACGCAGCUAGUCAGGGAGGCAUUCUCAAGAACACUGGCGGAGAACAGGAUGGGGCAAGACGAGCCACAAAGCUACGACGCAGUAUCCUCGAAUUUCAAGACUGUAUAAGCCAAAUAGAGAGAUGCGAAAAACCUGUUAUAUGUGUUACCCAUGGCAUUUCACUCGGCUUGGCCAUCGACUUGGCAUGUUGUGCCGACAUUAGAAUCUCCUCCAAAGAUGCCAAGUUCUCUGUCAAGGAAGUAGAUAUUGGUAUGGCCGCAGACAUCGGGACUCUGAGCAGAUUGCCGAAGAUCGUCUCUAGCUUCUCAUGGGUGAAGGAUGUCUGUUUGACUGCUCGAGGGUUUGGUGCUGAUGAGGCUCUUGCUGUUGGUUUUGUCAGUCGAGUGCUAGAAACGAAAGCCAAAGCCAUCGAGACUGCUGUCAACCUUGCGUCUCUUAUAUCUUCUAAGAGUCCAGUCGCCAUCCAAGGUACAAAAGAACUGCUGAACCAUGCUAGGGACAACAGUGUUGCGGAUAGUCUGAAAUAUACAAGUGUGUGGAACCAGUCGAUGCUCCAAUCCAACGACCUGAAAGACGCUCUACUGUCAGGGCUGCAGAAGACGAAACCAAUAUUUGCGAAGCUAUAA